CACCGCACACCGGAAGUAGCUCUCCCUGCUAGCGCCUUGCCUGUCUGCCCGUGCUGGGAGUAAAGAUGGCUGCCGAAGGGGAUGUGGAAUUGGAGCUGGAGACAGAGGAGAACUGCAGCGAGCGGCCGGCGGACAAACCCCGCAAACAUGACAGCGGUGCGGCCGACCUGGAGCGGGUCACAGACUAUGCAGAGGAGAAAGAGAUUCAGAGCUCCAACCUGGAGACGGCUAUGUCAGUGAUUGGAGACAGGAGGUCACGAGAACAGAAAGCAAAACAAGAAAGAGAAAAGGAGCUUGCAAAGGUUACAAUAAAAAAAGAAGACGUAGAGCUUAUUAUGAAUGAGAUGGAGAUUCCGCGAACAGCAGCAGAAAGGAGCUUACGGGAACACAUGGGAAAUGUUGUUGAGGCACUGAUUGCUCUUACAAACUGAUUAUGGAUUUUUUUUUUUUUUUU